UGUAAACCUUUUAGGUCCAGUUUACUUCUUCCUCCUUUCUCUCUCUCUCUCCUCUUUCCGCUCUUCAUUCUCACCUUCAAAUAUACUAUACUCUUCUUUUACAAUGGUUCAGGACCCUACAGUAGUUCGCUUUGACUCUGUCGAAGAUGCCAUUAAGGAUAUUGCGGAUGGAAAGUUUGUUAUUGCUGUCGAUAACGAGGAUCGUGAGAACGAAGGUGAUCUGAUUAUUGCUGCUGAGAAGAUUACUACAGAGCAGAUGGCCUUUCUUAUUCGCUAUUCAAGUGGAUAUGUUUGUGUGCCGACUGCACCUGCGAGGUUAAAGGAAUUAGAUUUGCCAUUGAUGGUUCCUAAUAAUCAAGAAUUGAUGAAGACGGCCUAUACUAUCUCAGUUGAUUAUGCACAUGGAACCACAACAGGUAUCUCUGCCCAUGACCGUGCGCUCACUUGCCGCUCACUCGCAGAUCCUACCAAGACUGCAAAAGACUUUAACCGACCCGGACAUAUCCUACCUCUUCGUUAUGCUGAGGGUGGUACGAUCAAACGGUUCGGACAUACUGAAGCAUCAGUUGAUCUGUGUAAACUUGCAAAGCUGCAACCUGUCGCUGUGAUCUGCGAGUUAGUCAAUGAUAGAGAUGGAUCAAUGGCUCGUCGGGACGAUUGCUAUAGAUUUGCGCAAGAGCACGGUAUCAAGCUGAUUACCAUCGCAGACCUCAUCAAGUAUAGACAGGAUCAUGGUCUUGUCGAGAAUUUCUAGACAAGGAGGAGC